GUGAACGGUUCUUCAUAAACAGCUCGUCAACCACCUCGGUAGCUUGCUAGCCAACAUAGCCGAAAGAUUCAAGCUAUUUAUACGCUUUCGGUCUAUAUUACCUACUGUGUUUUAGACACGCUUCUGUUGUAUCUACUUGUUAACCUAUUGAAUUUAAUAUUACGUUAUUUUGUAUUAGUCAGCUAUGUUAGCUGGCUGGUUAUAUUAGCAUUAGCCUAGUCGCUAAUGAUAGCUAGCUAGCUAACAUCCCCGAACAUGCGCUCCCUAAACUACUCCCCUCCUGUUAAAGAAGAGGAGGUCUGCUGGACGGAGAAAGAAGCUCUGGGGCUGAACAUUGUCGUGAAAGAGGAGAAGGAAGAGGAGGAUGUUACAGUAAAACAAGAAGCAGAGGGUGAGGCUGUUACAGUGAAAGAAGAGGAAGACGUUUCAGUGAAAGAAGAGGAAGACGCGUUCAGAGUGAAAGAGGAGGAUGUCGUUUUUGGAGUGAAGAAGGAAGGGGAGAUUUCUGUCACAUUGGAAGAUGAAGAGGAGAUAGGAGAUCUGAUUAACACCAGAGAGAGACCAGACUCUCCCUCUGACAGCGGGAAGAGUCCUUCAGGGGAAUCAGACCCAGGGAAGAGUCCUUCAGGGGAAUCAGACCCAGGGAAGAGUCCUUCAGGGGAAUCAGACCCAGGGAAGAGUCCUUCAGGGGAAUCAGACCCAGGGAAGAGUCCUUCAGGGGAAUCAGACCCAGGGAAGAGUCCUUCAGGGGAAUCAGCAGAAUCAGGCCCAGAGAUGCCCAAAGCAACAGGAGGACAUCAUCACUGCUCCCACUGUGGAAAGAGUUUUACCAAGUUAGGGAACCUGAAUAGGCAUGAGAGGACACACACAGGAGAAAAACCUUUCCAAUGCUCCCAGUGUGGAAAGAGUUUUAAUGAAUUAGGGUACCUAUUAAUACAUAAGAGAAUACACUCUGGAGAGAAGCCUUACCACUGCUCCAAAUGUGGAAUGACUUUUAUCUGGUUAGGGAGCCUGAAAACACAUGAGAGAAUUCACACUGGAGAAAAUCCUUUCCAAUGUUCACACUGUGGAAAGAAUUUUACCCAGUUAGGGAACCUAAAUCAGCACAAGAGGACACACACAGGAGAGAAGCCUUAUCACUGUUCCCAGUGUGGAAAGAGUUUUACGGGUUUAGUGAGCCUGAGAGGACACACCCACAAGAAAAGCCCUACCGAUGCUCCCUGUGUGGAAAGAGUUUUACCAAGUUAGGGGGCCUGACUAGGCAUGAGAGGACACACACAGGAGGGGAUAAGACCACUGCUCCCUGUGUGGAAAGUGUUUUACCAAGUUAGAGGGCCUGACUAGGCAUGAGAGGACACACUCAGGAGGGGAUAAGACCACUGCUCCCUGUGUGGAAAGAGAUUUAACCGGUUAAGGCAUCUGAAUAAGCAUGAAAGAAUACAUACACAGGAGGAAAAGACAUACCACUGCUCACUUUGUGGAAAGACAUUUUCCCAGUCAGAGGACCUGAAAGCACAUGAGAGAAUAGAGAGGCUGUGUUCUGACUUAUGCUUUUGACUAAGAAUUUGUGUUUUUGUUUAUACCACAUGAAAUCAUAUUGUUUAUAUGAAGUCAUCAACAAAAUGAGAUUAAACAAAUUAUGUACAUUGAUGUAUUGGAUACAAGUGUAAAGCCUUAGAUUUUCAUUUGAUGACUGGGAUUUUUGAAAAUGUUAAUUAUUAUAUAAGUAAUGUGGCGGAAAUUCUAACCAGAAAGGGAAAGAGAGACUGUAGAUUCUUCAAAUACCUUAUUUUAUGAUAAGAAUUCCAAUUGUGGAGCGGUUAACAAUCACACAACAGGUGCAACAGCCAAGAGCCCAACGAACAAGAGGUCUCUGCUUUUAGAACCUUUGUCUACGUGGCAGUUUAGCAGGUGUGUGACAUCAUGAUGGGAACAUGGCAUACAAACAAGUGAUGAUGCCAGUUUUGUUGCUCCUUUCUGCUGAUAGAAUUAUCACUGCUGCUCAAGCUAGUCUCUGUUCUCUUCAUAUCUCCACACGGCUUUGACCUUGACAGAUACGAAAAGAACUGGAUGGACCAAAAACUGGUCUCUCUCUGACGGCCCUUUGUCUUUGGCCACAUGACCAAGUUACUCAGAAACAAGAGAGGAAAAACACUGGAUUCUUCUGACAUGAGAGAAACAGACAGAGGAAAUGUACAGGUUUAAGGCUCAUACAGCGCAGGUGCAUAACAAAGUUUGUAAUUUUCCACGAUAGUAAGUAAGUAGCCUUGCAGGAGCCUUGGCUUGUCUGAUCCAGAACAUCUCAUAGUAACAGGAACCUUGGCUUGUCUGAUCCAGAACAGCUCAUAGUAACAGGAGCCUUGGCUUGUCUGAUCCAGAACAGCUCAUAGUAACAGGAGCCUUGGCUUGUCUGAUCCAGAACAGCUCAUAGUAACAGGAACCUACUUCCCCUGGACAGGACUCUAGUCUAUAGAUCCUCUUAAUUUUUCACUGCUGCUCUUUAAUUAUUUUGUUAUCUUUAUUUCUCAUUUGUAUUUUUUGAAGUUAUUAUUAUUUAUUUAUUUAUUUAACUGCAUUGUUGGUUAGGGCUUGUAAGUAUUUCACUGUAAGGUGACGGUCUACACCUGUUGUAUUCAGUGCAUGUGACAUAAGAUUUGAUUUGAUAGUCUAUUAAGUUGUUAUAUAGAUUAAUGGAAUUUUGCAUUUCUUGAUUCCAACCUUGAAACCUCUUGAAUUGGAUUUGAUAUAUGAUUUGAAUAUUGCUAAAUGAAUUUGAUUGGAUACAUUUGCAGAUAAACAUAUUGGCACCGUU